UAAAAAAACAAUCAGAUUCAAGGUAAUUGGACUCUUUAAAUUUAACCGUAUGCAAGAGUAGUAACUUAUUAUUAUAUUUUAAAUAGUGACUAUUUAUGUCACCAUCAGCCUAAUAAAUAUUGCCCAAUAUAUACUAACUCAGUUAAAUAAAAAGUCAACUAUGAAGAGGCAGAAAAUACGCGUUGGCUUAGCGACUCAUAUAUGUUCGCAUUGACAAUUAAUCGAGUUUUUAAUUUAACAUUUAAAAACAUUAAUGAUAACGCACAAAUGUAAUGAGUAGAAAAAAGUAUAAAAAAGUUCAUUCCUCUAACGAUGAGGAAAAUGAUGACUCUAUGUGAAUAUGUCAAUGUGUAGAUUGAGUACGUGUUUACAUACACGAACUACUUCUGCAAUUUAAUGUUACGUGGCAAUGCUUAUCAGCGAUAAAUAUUUCAAUUUCUUUUUCUUCAUUAUUUUAAGUGCAUAGUACAGACAGAUACUUAUGAAAUAAAUCUUACUCGAGUUGUUACCGUUAUAAAGACAUUGGAGAGGAAGAUACUAUAUCAAAGACAUUUGAUAUUAGUAUCUUGUUUUGUAUAUAUACUAAUGCAUCCGAAAAGAAUGAAAAUAGAAGUUAUGAGAGCCUUAAUACUUGUUGGUGGAUAUGGAACCAGAUUGCGUCCUCUUACUCUUACACGACCUAAACCAUUGGUUGAAUUUGCUAACAAACCAAUGCUUUUACAUCAAAUAGAAGCUUUAGUAGCAAUGAAUGUAACAGAAGUAAUAUUAGCUGUAUCUUAUAGAGCAGAGGAAAUGGAAAAAGAUUUGGAAGAAGAAGCUAAGAAACUAGGAGUUACUUUAAUAUUUUCCCAUGAACCAGAACCUUUGGGUACUGCCGGUCCACUUGCUCUAGCACGUGAUAUAUUAUGUUCUGGAGAUGAACCAUUUUUUGUUUUAAAUUCCGAUAUUAUUUGUGAUUUUCCAUUUAAACAGUUAUAUGAAUUCCAUAAAAGUCAUGGUAAAGAAGGUACCAUAGUUGUUACUAAAGUAGAAGAACCAUCAAAGUAUGGCGUAGUUGUAUUUGACAAAACCGGUAAAAUCGAAAGUUUCAUCGAAAAACCUCAAGAAUUUAUCUCAAAUAAAAUAAAUGCAGGUAUGUACAUAUUUAAUCCAAGCAUAUUAAAAAGAAUAGAGCUAAAACCUAUGAGCAUAGAAAAAGAGGUUUUUCCAUUUAUGGCUGAAGAUAAUGAAUUAUAUGCAAUGGAGUUACCAGGUUUUUGGAUGGAUGUUGGACAACCUAAAGAUUUUCUCAAAGGUAUGUGUAUGUAUCUUGCUUCGUUAAGACAAAAGUCUCCUGAAAAAUUACAUUCCGGACCUGGAAUAGUGGGAAAUGUUUUAAUAGAUCCUACAGCUAAAAUUGGCAAAGAUUGUAGAAUUGGUCCUAAUGUUACAAUCGGUCCUGGUGUUUCGUUAGCUGAUGGUUGUUGUAUUAAAAGGUCUACUCUUCUUAAAGCAGCUGUAGUAAAAGAGCAUGCAUGGCUUGAUGGUUGCAUCGUUGGUUGGCGUAGUGUUGUUGGUCGUUGGGUACGAAUGGAAGGUACAACAGUUCUCGGAGAAGAUGUAAUAGUUAAAGAUGAGCUUUAUAUCAAUGGCGGUCAAGUAUUACCACAUAAAAAUAUUUCGAGUUCUGUGCCAGAACCACAAAUAAUCAUGUGAGAAAAAUGGACUUGAGAUAAUGGUUUUUCUAGACAAUAAGUGAUAAAAUAAUACAUGAAAUAUCUUCUCUACUUUAAAACUUUAUAUUUUUUUAAAAGUUUUGCAAAUUAAAAAAAAAUCAAAUAAGAAACAUCACAAGUAAAUGUAAUAAAAGUGCAUACAUAUAUUGACAGCAGUA